CGCGUGUUACUUUAGCGCAAGAGACAGAGUGACACUUCCGGAGGCCAAAUCUGAACCUACAGCAUGAGUCGAAAAUCAGAGCGCAGCUUUUAGUGUGUUUGUGGACUGAACCCGGGAAAAUGCCACUGAAGAGGGAAUGUUUACUGUUGUUUAUGUCAUGGCUCGGAUCUCUGCGCGCUCAGGAUGAGAAUCGUGUGGUGUUUUCUCUGGGAAAGUUCCAGAAUGUCAGCGUUCCAGUAAACGGGACGGUUCAAGUCGUCAUUUCACGGAUCCCUCCAGACGUCUCUUUUAUCACGCUGCAGUUUCACACACCACACCGCAAUGUCACACUCUCAUACACACAGGCUCCAGUUUAUGGUCAGUCAGUCACAGCAGCGGAUGCUGGUCUGUUGUCCGCCCUGUUGCCCAACCAGUCCACUCUCUCCUGGUUCCUGCAGACGCCAGAUGGGAACAGUGUGGCAGGAAUUGGUGUGAUGCUGCCAUAUAUGAGCGCUGAUCCUGUUCCUGGUGCCUGUAAUCAGGAAUUUCCACUGGACAUUGAUCCAAACAUCUACUUGCAAUACAACCUGUUUGAGACCACUAUCAGUUUUGCGCCUGCUAACAUUGGAUACACAAGAGGAGGGACCCCACCAGCGUGUGAUGUGGGCACGGAUGCCAGUACUCGUUGGCGGUUGGUGUAUGACGUGUAUCAGUUCUUCCUGCCAGAAGGCGACCAAUCAGAGCAGAGUCUCAUCAGUGGCGUGGAGAGAGUGGCCAAUGUGGAGAACAUACAGGACAAUAGCAGAAAAGUAUGUUUGGUUUUCCAGGUGAUGUCGUUGUCAUCUCAUGAUCAGACGCAGUUGUCGUUUAACUCUCUGCCUGGUCAGGGUGUGAUUUUCUCUGUGGUUGUUAGAGACCCAGUGUUCAACACAUCAGCUUCAUACAUCCCUGUGCACACGUACGCCUGCAGCUUCAACUCCACACUGGACGGCUGCAGUACUUUAGGGCGAGUUUCCACUAAAGUGUUUUUUACUGUGAUCGGAGUGGCGGGGUUGUUUGUGUGCUUUCUGGGCCAUCGCUUUUUCAAAUGUGAGCUGUUCUGUAUGGGCUUUGCGUUUAUGGCAUUUUUCUUCUUUGUCCUGAUCACCAGCACCACAGCGCUGGAAUACAACAUUCGAUUGGCUCUGACAGCAGUGAUGGGCGUGGUCGGGGGCGUGGUCCUAGUGAUGAGCUGGUGGCGGUUUGGUUCCGUCAUGGUUUGCGUGUUGGUGGUCGGACUCAUUCUUGGAUUUCUUGUCUCUUCUAUCGUCUUUUUCACUCCACUUGGUGACCUUCCCGUAUUCCAUAAUGAUGUGGUGUUUUGGGUUGUGUUUACCUGCAUCAUGGUGGUUGUUCCUUUAUUCUUUAUCAGGUGGCCCAGAGAGGUGAGAUACACAUCCUACAAAAUACACUCAGCUUUACAAAUACACACCGAUGUAUGUGCAUAUGUUUGUGUGUUUCAGGGCAAUAUAACCACGUGUGGAGUGGUUGGUGCAUAUGUAGUGGUCCUAACUGUCAACGCGUACACCUACACCAGUCUCUCCUACAUCACACUAGACGUUCUCAAACGCUUCCUCAACCACAACUUCAGUCGAGCGUUCAUCUCUGUUCCGUUGCAGGACAUCGAUUUCAUCAUGAUCACCUUGUGGGUGGUUCUCGGGAUUUCUGGCAUCGUGGUGCAGCUGUAUCGCGAGCGGUCACACCCGUUUUUCCCGCCAAGCCCGUAUGUGAUGUGGAAGCAGGAACGAGAGCGCAGGAAGACCAACGUUCUGGACCCCAGUUACCACAAACCCUCUCUCCCUGCCCGAAUCCUCAACCGUGUUCGCCAGCUCACGCGUCGCACAGAACCAGCCGGCGAAAGCACGCCCCUCCUCCUCUAACCCUUAACUUAUGACUUUUGAGCAUUGUGUUAGAAAAGACGUUUUUCCCCUCCAGAUAUUUGGCCCUCAGUCCUGUGGAGAUGGUUUAGAUAACCGUAAUGAGGAUGCUGCUGGAGGUCACAGCACGUUGGUGUCAGACUGAGCAUGUGCACUUGUGUGUGAUGGGUUCUUAUGCGUAGGUUCCAGAAUCCAGAGUAUGCACUUUCUGUCAAUGCUGAAUGCCAUUCUCUGACCAAUCAGCUCGCUGGGAUUUGAUGACGUCAAAUAUGUACUGUUUACCCAUUGGUUGAUUGUUGUUUAAAUAUACAGCUGCAACAGAGUGAUUUUAGAUGCAUUUUACAUAACUCGAGGGAAUGUUAAUUCAAGCUACCACAUGUGCCACAGAUUGUUACAUUUAGUCCAGGAAAUAUUUUUAAAAGUUUUUAUAUUAGGUCUUUGUACGUACAGGGUGUCCGCACAACAUUUUGAGAUUCAGAAUGAGUGAGGAUUUUAAAAGACAUGCAAAAGAGUUUUGUGACUGUUUAUUUUUUCAUGUUUACCCUUAUAAUGAAUGUAUAGCACUCUGUGAGCUCAGACCAAAUGAAGCAGCAUUCAUUAGUAUGGCUGAUGUUUGUGUAGAUGUUCUGAUGACGACGUCCUUUUGGGUUCCUGCGGGUGUCUGUAGAUCCUCAAAGAGUCCUGAGAGGUUUGGAUUUGGUGGUGAUAAUAAUGAGCAUAUUUUGGCAGAAUUCCUGCGAGAACGUGACUGCUGCUUCACUGCACUGCUGUAAUGCACACAAUAACUAGGGUUUUAAAUGCAGGUUUAUUUUGAGUGUGAAUAUUUGGAAUCUGUAGAAUUCCAAAGUUUGUUCCAGCUGUUGUUUGAAGGCCAGCAGAGAAGCUUUAAAGUUUAAAGCAUUCUCUUUUUCCAUCCUUUAUAACGGAACGUGUAGCUCUUGUGGAGACACAAGCCCAAGUUAAAUGUUUUCUGUAAGAUCAGGUACUGAAGUUUCUCCUCUCAGGGUUUCUUUGUGUAAUUACAAAUCAAACAUCUUAUUAAAGUGUUUCCCAAUCCUGACCCUGGAGUGCCCCAACACCACACAUUUUGGAUGUCUGCUGAAUCUAACUCACCUGUUUCAACUCACCAGCUCGUUAGUAGAGGCUCCAUGACCUGAAUUGGGUGUGUCAAUUAAGAGAGAGGUGUUGUUUGGCCUUCUGGACCAGGAUUGAGAAACACUGUUCUAAGCAAUUUAAAACGUUACAUGUUAAAAUAAUGUUUUAAAAUGGUAGCAAUAUGUUUUUUUGUUUGAAAAAUGAUUCUCUAAACAACUAAAAUGUUAAAUAAAGUUGUAAAGUUUG